AUGGGCUUGGAAGAGUUUGGCUCGGACAAAAGCAAAUGUCAAGAGCAUUUUGAUGUCUACAAGGAAUGCAAGAAAAAGGAGAGAGAAGCUCGGUUGGAACGCAAUAAAAGCCGCUCCUUCUUUUCAUGA